AUGGCAAAAAUGGUUGGUUCGAGCCUCACCUGUAGGUGUUCUUCAAAAGCAAUCCCAGAUGCUCUAAAAUUCCUUACUGAAGAUUUGAAAAGAGAGGUUGAUGAAACCUACAAAUUCGGUACAUUUGUAAAGUUAACAGCGGAAAAAGUGGGGAAGAGAGAUUUCGUACGGUGGAUGUACGACAUCUCUGAUCUUGAACGAGAGUGUAUCAUCAUGCGACCAAAGGCAGGGGAAAAGCUGAGGCUAUUUCCUUGGACGAUUCAAAAACUUUUGAACCUCCCAUAUGGAACUGGAGUGAUGCCUCCAAGAUACACACUUAAGGAGAGAAAUGAUGAAUUUGAUAAAGUGCGUGCUAUACUUGAAAAAGAGAAAGGAAGAUGCUGGGGGGUUGAUGAGCAAGAACAGGAAGAUGCUGGGGAGGGUGAUGAGCAAGAACAGGACAGUGAUGCUGGGGAGGAUGUUGAGGAAGAUGAACAUGGCAGGACAAAGAAAGGUGUUGAGGAAGAUGAACGUGGCAGGACAAAGGAAGCAAAGAAACCAAAGGAAAGUAUUUCUAUGCUGCUUAUUGAACAAGCAAAGAAACCAAAGGAAAGUAUUUCUAUGCUGCUUAUUGAACAUGUGCUGAAAAAGACUAAAGACAGAGGUCUAAAACUUAGACUAUUCUUCAUGAUAGUGAUAAGCAAAUAUCUGCUGCCAGGAAGUAGCAGCACCGUAAAUGAACAGGCAGUCAUGUACACAAGAAAUCUGGAUUUGAUUAGUCAGAUUGACUGGUCGACAGUUGUGUACGAAGAUUUGAGGGACUCGGUGAAAAAAUGGAAAGCAGAGAAACAAUCAAAAAUCAUCCAUGGGUGCUGUAUGGUCCCCAAUGGUGUAUUACUUGGAUAUGUGGACUGUGACAUAACAAAUAAGAAGACCUUAAGCCUUCCACGCAUCAAUCAGUAUGAUAAAAAUGAGCUGUCGAGCAUUAUUGCCUGGUGUAAAUCUAAAUCGUCACAUGGCUAUGGAGGAGCUCAAUUAAAGCGGAGGGCAGCCACCUGUUACGAAAGCUUUCUGCCUUCAGCUGGGACAAGACCUGAUGACAUAGGUCAAGAGGGAUUAGCUCUUCUUGCUAAGGCACACAUUUAUGUACCACCAUGCACGGAAUUGGAUGACGAUAUUAAGGAUAUGCUGGGGGGCCAGAACAGCCGUGCACAAACAGAAUAUUUGUACAAUCAACAUGUUCUGGAGAAGCUUGAUUCUCAGGAACAACUUCUACUAGACAUCAAUGGUCAUGAAGUGUCUGAAGCUGAUUUUGUCAAAUGGUUCCGACCGACAGGAGAGAUGGAUCCCCGUGCACUGCGCGUUCCGUUUAUAUUGUGGAAUCAUGAAUGGAAGGCUCAGAACAAACCAUACUUUAUUGUUCCGGAAGCACAUCCACAUGAUCCAAGCAAUGCAAAUAACAAGGACCCAUCAAUUCCCAAGAAGAUUAGAGCAUAG